AUGGAAGAAUUAGCGGAAGAUUUUAGGAUGAAAAUGGAAGAUCAUAUGUGGAUACUGUACAGGAGGAUCCAUGUAGCCGAACAAAUACACUUAGAGAGCAAGAACGACUAUAUAAAGACGCGUAGUGAAACAAAAGAAAACAGAGGAGAUCUCACUGUUUCUGAAACCCAAUUCAAGAAGAUCAAAGAAAUGGUGGAAGAAGGGCUUUCGGGACCAGAAAUGGCGAUAAAGAAGUUGGAAGAAGGCAAAGAACUAACGACCCGAGUCACGAAAAUAGCGAAAGAGAUCGAUACAGCGAGAAAGUGGGUGCAGGAGAAGAAGGACAAGACGAAACAUGAGGUGGAAACACUUGAAGCAAAGCUGGAAUGCAGAGAAGCACAAGAGUCUCUGUUAAAGGAGAAGUUAUCGAAACUAGAAGCGAAGCUAGCGGAGGAAGGAACAGGGAAGCUGAGUCUAGCAAAGGCAAUGAGAAGAAUCAAGAAGCUUGAGAUUAAUGUGAAGGAGAGAGAUGUUGAAUUGUUGAGUUUAGGAGAAGAGAAGAGAGAAGCCAUAAGACAACUGUGUGUUUUGGUGGAUUAUCAAAGAAAUCUAUAUGAUGAUCUCAAAACUUCCAUUUUUAAGGUUGCUCUUCAAGCUUAA